AGGUGGGCAGGCCGAGAAUGUGGUUGCAACAAACACGGCAUGGACAUCUUCCGUGAACCAGCUAAGCAGGAAGAGGUCAAUAAGUUCCAGGAAAUGGUUGGGGAAAAGAGCCAUGUUGAUCGCAGGAACUUCUUCUUUGACCUGUUGAGGAAGAUGGCAGUUGACCAACGGACCGGUGUUAUUGGUGACAUCCGCCAGUUCAAAUUCAUGGGGCAUAUGGUUUGCUUUGAAAGCUUUCUGAUCUUGUGCAACGUCAGCAAGAACUUUGUGCGGGGCAUGCUUCAGGCAAUCAAAGGUGGAGCAACCACUACACCGCCUGAUGGCCGGUCACUCCGUGAGGUGCGUGCAAAGCCACAAGUUGCUUCAGUGAACUCAUGGCUGGAAUGGGCCUAUGAGAAUUUGGCAGAACCGCUGGCUGAGACCAAACUGGAAGAAGAUGAAAGUCAGACAGACCAUGGAGCUGAGCCUGUGACUGAUGAAUUCUUUGAGUGGGUUCUGGGUGUGGGGCAUGCUCCUGGAGCUGCUGAUUUUCAAGAAGGUCGACCACAGCGCUGGUUGCCGCAUUGCAAGCCAGCAGACUUGUACCAGCAGUAUUUGGCUCAAUUCACCAGCACGGAAGAACAAAAAGAACCUGCCAGUCAAACUGUCUUCUAUUCUGUCUUCAAGGAAUGGCGUGGCAUCUUGAGGGUGAGACGCUCCAAUCAACAUGCCAAGUGUGAUGACUGUGUCAAAUACAAGCUGCACCGCCAAAAAGCAUCAACCGAGGCUACCCGGGAUGACAUCCAAAGUGCUUACAUGGAGCACUUGAAAGGGGUUUGGGCUGAUCGCGCAGUGGCGUCCCACUAUGCAGACUAUAGUGUGUGGAGCACAUCGCCAGAAACAAGCUUGCCUUUCGAGAAGCGGGUUUUGUUCAUUGCAUUGGAUGGCAUGGACGAAUGCAAAUACAAGCUGCCCAGGCACACCACUCUGACCAAGCAAUGGGAAGCUAUGUGGAGGCCAACUUUGCACAAUGUCCUUGUGGUGACUUAUGGCUUGGCAGAGAGCUUUUGGCUGGGGGAUUGCAACCUCAAGAAAGAUUCCAAUAACCAGUGCACAAUUCUCUGCCACACAUUAGACAAGAUCACAGAAAUGCUUCUGAUGAGGGGCUUGCCGCUUCCACCGAGUCUCAUCAUCCAAGCAGAUAACACCUGCAGAGAGAACAGGAACCAAUAUUUAUGCCUAUGGGCCAGCCACCUCGUGAGUGCCAAGGUCUUCAAGUCCGUGAGCUUUGCAUACUUUCGCACUGGACAUACGCAUAAUCAAGUUGAUCAGAAGUUUCAACAGGUAUCCCAUCAUUUGCAGGCAGUCAAGGUGAUCGAGACACCCAAGGACUUUGUGCGGGAGAUGGAAGCCAGGGUGCCACCCACUGCCGGCAGAGUGCUCACAGUGGACCUGCUCCCAUCAACUUGGUCCUUUCAGGCAUGGCUGGCUGAUUUGGAGGUGUCCUUGUCUGGCAUCGCAAUCAGUGCUGCUCAGAGAUCGGUGAACCAUGCUUUCCGGAUCAUACGGCGUGGAGACCUACGCUUCUACGAGGGCCAUGAGAAAUGGCAGGUUGAUCAGGACAUCCCAGAAGAUCUCCGUUCUGAUGAUGAUGCUGUUUGCUUGAUGAAGCAAUACCUGUCUUCAAGCCGGUUGAGCCAGCAGCCGCUUCUCAUCCUUCCGGCUGUGAAUCUGCAGAAAUUGAAGUCUUCGAAGCCAACCACGCCACUUCGAACAAAAUGCUUUUCCGCAGAGACUUUGAAAGAGUUCAGGAAGACUGCCAACAAGAUUGAGCAGAGCCCUUUUGAAUUGGAUGAGGGUUCCAACUACCUUCGCUGUUUGUGUGACAGAUCAGAGCGUGAUGAACACCCGCAACCUCACCCGCUCAAAAUCUAUGAGCUUCGAGAGGACCCCUUCCAAAAUCAGACAGGCAUUGCUGAGUUGGACAAUGCAGAAUCUGUUCCCUUUGCUGAUUUUGCUCCUGGAACACCAAGAAGGGUGGAAGUCCACCAAUCCCGCCCUAUCUUUCCAAAGGAGAACGCUUUGCCGCCUCCAGGGCCAGGUCGUCCUUUGCCGUCUGAAGAGGAUGAGACGCUCGCAGCUUUGGGGCCUGCUGUUCGAGUGGCAGCUCCAACUCCCAAAGGCAAAGCUGCUGCUGUCAAGGCUGCUGCCAGAAAGGCUGCCGCUAAAAAGCAGGCAGUGCCAAAAGCUCCCAAUGCAAAGGCAGCCAAGACAUCCAAGGGGAAGUCUUUGGACCAAGGUGCGCCAAAGAGAUCUGCAGCUGCUGAGAAAGGUCUUUUUGGGCCUGGGCCCAAGGCCAAAAGCAAAGCCAAAGCCAAGGCGGCGCCUGCUCAGAAAUCCAGUGCAUCACAGGUGGCUGCCAACAAGAGGGUGUACUCAACACGCCCAGGCUACCACGGUUGCUCCAAAUGCAGACAACAUGGGUGUAGCAAGUGCAAAGUGUCACCCCUUGCAGCUGGUGGCGCGUGAGUGUUUCUGCCAAUUCAUUGGCUUGGCCUUGCUCUUGCUGAAAACUUGCAAGGCAGAAAGGCAUGAGUAACAUGAGAACCAUUGUGCAGCCCACUUUUGGGGUUUGUAGGGCUGGACCGCUUUGGAAGCUCGAUGUGAAAAUAUGUUCACUCAUGUCUCACUUGUUCCAAGCCAACAGAGACAUAGCGCAAUGCAUUCUUUCUUUC